GGGAGAGAGAACAGGCAGAACCUGAUAUGUAAUUGAGCAGAGCAAAUGAAAGUAACUUUUGACGACCUGAUGAUCAUUCAGACUCUGUUUCUAUUGAGAGAUAAAAGGGGUCAGUUCUAUAAAAUGAGUCUCUCUGGGGAGAGAAAGGAGGGGGGCCCUGCCUCUAAAAGGCGUCUCUCUGGAGAACAUGACACCAAAACGAAGAGACCAAUCAAGCAGGAGAGACCAGCCUCCCCUGUUCCCAGCUGUGUGUCCAUGAAGAGUGACCAGGUCUAUGAGUCAACCUAUAGAGUUUAGAGAGGGAGACUUUUCUACUGAACAAAGAAACCAACAGGAGAGAUCAGAGUCAGAGAUUCUCAGUGGUCAGUCUUCCCAGAUUCAUCAAACAGACCUGGCCUCCAUAUUCAGUUUGCUUGAACAGAAUAUUAUAACAUUUGUGAAGAACGAGCUGAAGAUGUUCAAAAGGAUUCUUAGUCCAGAACUCCCAGAAGGCUUUGAGAGUCAGAAGCAGGAUAAGGAAGUGGUGGAUGCUGAAGAUGAGAAGCAGGAGAGCAGUGCCAGAGAGGGGGCUCUGAAGAUCACACUGCACAUCCUGAGGAAAAUGAACCAGAAUGAGCUUGCUGACACACUGGAGAAAUAUUCAGAUGAUCCUGCUGUGAUUUGCCAACGUGAACUCAAAUCUAAUCUAAAGAAGAAGUUUCAAUGUGUAUUUGAGGGGAUCGCUAAACAAGGAAACCCAACACUUCUCAAUAAGAUCUACACAGAGCUCUACAUCACAGAGGGUGGAACAGGAGAGGUCAAUAAUGAACAUGAGCUGAGACAGAUUGAGACAACAACCAGGAAACAAGCAAGACCAGAGACUGCAAUCAAAUGUAACGACAUCUUCAAACCCUUAACUGGACAAGACAAACUUAUCAGAACUGUGCUGACAAAGGGAGUUGCUGGCAUUGGAAAAACAGUCUCUGUGCAGAAGUUCAUUCUGGACUGGGCUGAAGGAAAAGCAAAUCAGGAUGUCCAAUUUGUAUUUUCAUUCCCUUUUCGGGAGCUGAAUUUGAUGAAAGGGGACAAACACACUUUCAUUGAACUUCUCAAUCACUUCUCAAUGGAAACUAAACAAUCAGGAAUCUCCAACUACGACAAGUACAAAGUUCUGUUCAUAUUUGAUGGUCUGGAUGAGUGCCGACUGCCCCUAGACUUCCAGAAGAACAAGAUCUGUUGGGACGUCACAGAGUCAACCUCAGUGGAUGUUAUGCUGACAAAUCUCAUCAAGGGAAAUCUGCUUCCCUCUGCUCUCCUCUGGAUAACUACCCGACCUGCAGCAGCCAAUAAGAUCCCUUCAGGGUGUGUUGACCAGGUGACAGAGGUACGAGGGUUCAAUGACCCACAGAAGGAGGAAUACUUCAGGAAGAGAUUCAGUGAUGAGGAUCUGGCCAUUAGAAUCAUCUCACACAUAAAGACAUCAAGGAGCCUCCACAUCAUGUGCCACAUUCCAGUCUUCUGUUGGAUUUCUGCAACAGUCCUUGAACACAUGCUGAAACAUAAGAGAGAAGAGAUGCCCAAGACUCUGACUGAGAUGUACACACACCUUGUGGUGUUUCAUACCAAACAGAAGAAUGAAAAGUAUCUUGGGAAAGAAGAGACAGAUCCACACUGGAAUAAAGAGAGCAUUCUGUCACUGGGAAAACUGGCUUUUCAACAGCUUAUGAAGGGCAAUCUGAUUUUCUAUGAAGAAGACCUGAAAGAGGCUGGCAUUGAUGUCAAUGAAGCCUCAGUGUACUCAGGAUUGUGCACACAGCUCUUUAAAGAGGAAUGUGGGCUGUACCAGGACAAGGUGUACUGCUUUGUUCAUCUGAGCAUUCAGGAGUUUCUGGCUGCUGUAUAUGUGUUCCUCUCAUUCAUCAACAACAAUGAGAAUCUAAUGGACAAACUGCAAACAAAAGACGAGUCUGAAGUUACUUUCUACAAGAGUGCUGUGGAUAAAGCCUUACGAAGUGAGGCAGGAAACCUGGACCUUUUCCUCCGCUUCCUUCUGGGCCUCUCACUGGAGUCCAAUCAGAAGCACUUACGAGGUCUACUGACAAAGACAAGAAGCAGCUCACAGAGCCAUGAAGAAACAGUCAAGUACAUCAAGGAGAAGAUCAGGGAGAAUCCCUCUCCAGAGAGGAGCAUCAAUCUGUUCCACUGUCUGAAUGAACUGAAUGACCAUUCUCUAAUGAAGGAGAUCCAAAGAUACCUAAGAUCAGGAAGUCUCUCAGAAGCUAAACUGUCACCUGCACAGUGGUCAGCUCUGGUCUUUGUGUUGCUGACUUCAGAAAAGGAGCUGGAUGUGUUUGACCUGAAGAAAUACUCCAGAUCAGAGGAAGGUCUUCUGAGGCUGCUGCCAGUGGUCAAAGCCUCCAGAGAUGUUCUGCUGUCAGGCUGUGGAGUCACAGAGGAAGGCUGUGCUUCUCUGGUCUCGGCGCUGAGGUCAAAUCCCUCACACCUGAGAGAGCUGGAUCUGAGUAACAAUGACCUGAAGGAUUCAGGAGUGAAGCUGCUCUCUGCUGGACUGGAGGAUCCCCACUGUAAACUGGAGACUCUGAGGCUGUCAGGCUGUGGAGUCACAGAGGAAGGCUGUGCUUCUCUGGUCUCAGCUCUGAGGUCAAAUCCCUCACACCUGAGAGAGCUGGAUCUGAGUAACAAUGACCUGAAGGAUUCAGGAGUGAAGCUGCUCUCUGCUGGACUGGGGAAUCCCCACUGUAAACUGGAGACUCUGAGGCUGUCAGGCUGUGGAGUCACAGAGGAAGGCUGUGCUUCUCUGGUCUCAGCUCUGAGGUCAAAUCCCUCACACCUGAGAGAGCUGGAUCUGAGUAACAAUGACCUGAAGGAUUCAGGAGUGAAGCUGCUCUCUGCUGGACUGGGGAAUCCCCACUGUAAACUGGAGACUCUGAGGCUGUCAGGAUGUCUAGUCACAGAGGAAGGCUGUGCUUCUCUGGUCUCAGCUCUGAGGUCAAACCCCUCACACCUGAGAGAGCUGGAUCUGAGUAACAAUGACCUGAAGGAUUCAGGAGUGGACCUGCUCUCUGCUGGACUGGGGAAUCCCCACUGUAAACUGGAGACUCUGAGGCUGUCACGCUGUCUAGUCACAGAGGAAGGCUGUGCUUCUCUGGUCUCAGCUCUGAGGUCAAACCCCUCACACCUGAGAGAGCUGGACCUGAGCUACAAUCACCCAGGAGACUCAGGAGUCAGACUGCUCUCUGCUGGACUGGAGGAUCCACACUGCAGACUGGAGAAACUCAAUGUGGAACAUGGUGGAGAGUACACAAUGACUCCUGGGCUUAGAAAAUAUGUCUGUGAUCUCACACUGGACCUAAACACAGUAAACAGACACCUCUCUCUAUCUGAGGAGAACAGAAAGGUGACAUGGAGGAGAGAGAAGCAGCCGUAUCCUGAUCACCCAGAGAGAUUUGAGGACUGGGGACAGGUGCUGUGUAGAGAGGGUCUGACUGGGCGCUGUUACUGGGAGGUGGAGUGGAGUGGGAGUGGGGCUGAUAUAGCAGUGACAUAUAAAGGAAUCAACAGGAGAGGAGGUAAUGACUGUGUGAUUGGAUUAAAUGACAAGUCCUGGACUCUGUUCUGCUCUGACAACAGUUACUCUGCAUGGCACAAUGAUAAUACCACUACCAUAGACGUCCCUUCCUCCAGCUCCCACAGAGUAGGAGUGUAUCUGGACUGGCCAGCCGGCACUCUGUCCUUCUAUAGAGCCUCCUCUGACACACUGACCCACCUGAUCACAUUCACCUCAACAUUCACUGAGCCCCUCUAUCCAGCUUUUGGGGUUUAUUAUGAUGGCAACUCAGUGUCCCUUUAAACAAUAAUAUAGAUAGAACACAAACAAACACACACACACACACACACACACACACACACACACACACACACACACACACACACACACACACACACACACACACACACAC